UUUAAAUUAUAAUGGCAGACGAAGUUGAUGAUAAAGCUAGUGGUGAUGUAGCAUCAGAAGCUUCAGAAGAAAAAUCAGUUAUUCCUGAACCGGAACCUGUUAAAGUUCCUGAUGUGGAGCUAACCGUUGAUGGUUUCGGUUUUAUGUCUAAACAGUCAUCUACAGAUAAAAGUAAAAAGAAUGGCCGUAGGAAAUCUAAAGAAUUAAAAGAAAUCUUGGCUCCAGAAGCAGAAGCUAGUCCUUGCUCUUCAAGCAGUAAUAUCGAUAUUGUUAGGAGGUUCACAUGGAAAACGAAAAACAGGAUGACAGUCCAGGUGAUAACAUAUGGUGCGACAAUAACGACUAUACAAGUUCCAGACAAGAAAGGAGUUCCCGAUGACGUCAUUGCUGGUUUUGAUACGCUUGAAGAAUACUUUCAACCACGGAACCCGUACUUUGGUGCUACUAUCGGGCGAUACGCAAAUGUCAUCCGCAACGCCACGAUGUCUGUCCGGCCAAUGGGCAGAAUGUACAUGCUGUCCACUAACCUGGGACCCAAUCACUGCAAUGGUGGCUACGUAGGUUUUGACAAGGUGAACUGGCGUUCGCAUGUUGUGGGCAAUAAAGUCUACAUGAGUCACGUAUCAGAUCGGUUCCACGAGGGCUACCCGGGCACUGUGAUGACGCAGCUCUGCUUCGAAGUCACAUGCGAUAAUACAAUCAACAUCGAGAUGAAAUGUACAACAACGGAGCCAACCAUAAUCAACCUUAGUAACGCACAAUACUUCAAUCUAGCUGGACAUCACCGAGGCGCAGAGUCGAUGUACGAGCACAUAAUUACUAUCAACGCCGACAAAUAUACGCAAGUUGACGACGAUGGAUUAGUUACUGGCGAAAAGAAGGUUGUCGGUGGGACGGCUUUCGAUUUCCGAGUGCCGCGCUGUUUGAAGACAAUGUUGCCGAAGAUACCCAAAGGAGGGUAUGAUGUCAACUUCUGCAUCACACAGGCCACUGCUCAAGAUUUGACGUUCCAUGCCAGGGCACUCCAUCCGGACACCGGGCGGGUACUGGAAGUGUACAGCAACCAGCCAGGCUUGCAGUUUUACACGGGGAACCGUCUGCCAGACCCGGAUCGGAUAGUUGCGGCUUUGUCUGGAGGAGAGGAAGAAGGAGCGGAGCAGAGCGAGAGCGAGGCGAGUGCUGAGGACGAGGAGUUUAGAGAGGUCGACGGGGGAACUGAUAACCAAGGAGAUGGUAAAGAGCAUUACGGUUAUGUGCCGUUGGCUGGUAAAAAUGGAACAUUUUACAAGAAACAUGGACUUUUCUGUUUACUGCCACAAAAUUAUCCAGAUGCGAUUAAUCAUAAAAAUUUCCCCAAUUCGGUGCUCAACCCUGGUGAAGUCUACGUACACAGGAUACAAUACAAGUUUGGAAUUUUACUUGGUAAAUAUGUAUGAGG